CAUUGUUGUGUUUUCAUUAUAGGAUUGACAGUUGCAGAUCUGGUCAUGCCCUGGUUUGUUUUCAUCAUUGGCACAUCAGUAGCAUUGGCUUUCCAUGCGAUGGUGAAAAGAGGAGUGAGCCGUAUCCAGCUCUUGCGUAAAUUGACCUGGAGGACUGUGAUCUUACUCUUGAUGGGACUCUGCUUCCUUAACUAUGGACCAAGAGAUGGUCCAUUGUCAUGGAGCUGGGCAAGGAUUCCAGGUGUUCUGCAGCGUCUUGGAUUUACUUACUUCAUUUUGGCUUUGAUGGAGACCUUCUUUUGCUUAAAAGACCUUGACAGAUAUCAGUUUGAUAAUUGGUGGGCUCCACUAAGGGAUAUUGUUCUCUACUGGCCGGAGUGGGUAAUCAUGGUGAUCCUGGAGACCCUUUGGCUGUGCCUCACAUUCCUGCUACCUGUCCCUGGAUGCCCCAGAGGUUACCUGGGCCCUGGGGGGAUAGGAGAUGAUGGAAAAUAUCCCAACUGUACUGGCGGUGCAGCAGGGUACAUUGAUAAGUUGGUGCUUGGAGUGGACCACAUAUACCACUACCCUACAUGUAAGGAGCUGUACAAAACCACUCAACCUUUUGACCCCGAAGGCAUUUUGGGUACAAUCAACUCCAUUCUGAUGGCUUUCUUUGGGCUUCAGGCAGGGAAGAUUAUCCUAAUGUACCGUCAGCAACCACUGAGCAUUUUAAAGAGAUUUCUCAUCUGGGCUGUUUUGCUGGGGAUUAUCUCUGCCAUCCUAACCAAAUGUACACAAAAUGAAGGAUUCAUCCCCAUCAAUAAAAAUCUCUGGUCUUUGUCCUUUGUUACCACCCUAAGCUGCUUCUCAUUUGUCCUGCUGGGAAUCAUGUUCUAUGUUAUCGAUGUGAAAAAUUGGUGGGGAGGUCAACCUUUCAUUUUUCCAGGGAUGAAUUCAAUUCUCAUCUACGUUGCAAGCUCCCUCCUGAGCACAUAUUUCCCUUUCAGUUGGGAAAUGAGGUUUCCGAACUCCCACGCCGAACCCUUGUUUCAGAAUCUACUAGGCACGUCACUUUGGGUAUUAGUUGCUUAUCUUCUGUAUAGGAAGAAGUUCUUUUUAAAAAUAUGAUGGCGUGGGAUUCAGGAACGUAAUUUCCUCCCCGCCCCCAGCUCUUGUAAUAUGAUUAUGAUAACUGACAAUCUCAAAACCUGAAUCCUACACA